AUGGCUUGCUCGAUCCCCAAAUUUGCCAUCAAACGAAUAUAUCUAGGAAAACCUGAAACGGCCAGUUGGACAGCCUCCGAGUUUAGUCGAUUUAGAGGUGUUUUUACAGAACUGUGGAACGAGAUGCAGCAGGUCAUCAUUAGAGCAGGAGGUUUCAGUCAUGCAUCAGGACAAAGCUACGUUGCUGGUGCUGUAAGAUACGGAGAAGGAACAGGUAAAGCUUAUGGUGCUAGUUCUGGAUCUGCAGCAGCUACUUCAGGUGGUUAUGCACAGGGUUAUGGAGCUGCUGUAGGUGGUUAUGGUCAAGGAGCUGAACAAGGCUAUGGCGCUGUUGCACGAUCUGGAGCAGAAAAUGAGGCAGCUAGUGCUGGAGGUACAGGGGCAGUUAGUGGAGGUUAUGGCCAAGGAUUUGGUCAAGGAUAUAGUACUGGAUCUGGUGCAGGAGCAGGAGGUUUCAGUCAUGCAUCAGGACAAAGCUACGUUACUGGUGCUGUAAGAUACGGAGAAGGAACAGGUAAAGCUUAUGCUGCUAGUUCUGGAUCUGCAGCAGCUACUUCAUGUGGUUAUGCACAGGGUUAUGGAGCUGCUGUAGGUGGUUAUGGUCAAGAAGCUUAA